GCAGGUUAAUGACGUCAGUACAUUCACCGGACAAGCUAAUAGAGCAAAUUGAGCUUAUGAUAGCAAGAGAUUAUUAAACUUUCUAGAGUUUAUCAAAUUAAAAUAGAAAAUAAAAAGUCGUCAUGUCGUUGGAAACUGUGCCAAAGGAUCUCCGUCAUCUGCGGGCUUGUCUGCUGUGUUCUCUUGUCAAGACUAUUGACCAGUUCGAGUAUGACGGCUGUGAUAACUGUGAGUCCUACCUGCAAAUGAAAGGGAACCGGGAGAUGGUUUACGAAUGCACAAGCUCCUCAUUUGAUGGCAUCAUCGCAAUGAUGAGUCCUGAAGACAGCUGGGUGGCUAAAUGGCAGAGAAUAGGAAAUUUCAAGGCAGGUGUCUAUGCUGUAACCGUAACUGGAAGAUUACCUCCAGGAGUGGUGCGAGAACUAAAGAGCAGAGGAGUCAUCUACAGGUCCAGAGACACGGCAGUGAAGACGUAAGACAUGAGACACGGACACUCGCCUCCCGGAAAAGUUCCACAGCUAAACGCUACACUGUUGAUAUGGUCACCUGUCUGAAGAAGCCAGUCACAGCCUGUUCUGUCUCACCUCUGAUGUAAGAAUAAAUAGCUAAAAAGCCCUCGAGGACUGGACUGGUGAACUCUGUUAGCUUUCAUGGAAUAUUCUUCUGCUUCAUUUAUGUCUGGAAUCUUGCGUUUCUUUUGUCUAUGAGAAGUCUUACUUUCUCAUUAUUGUAUAUUUACCUUGUUUGAUUGCAAGAGCACCGCAGCAGUGACUUUAUUGGUGGAUCAUGACGAUUACAUUUGAAUAAAACCUUUUUACAAAAA